AUGUAAGAUCCGGCGAGACGGAAGGCUGCAGAAACUCCAUUGCAAUUUGCUUCUUCCCUCUCUGCCGUCCUUCUAAGAGAAGCGGGAAACGGAAGCGGCGUCGGAUGGAGUUCUCGGCGGGCUGGAAAUCCAUCUGGACAGUUGGCUCCGUCUACCCGGCGCCUCUCUUCCUCUCCGGCGACUCGGCCAAAGCCCUAGGUCCCCUCAUCUUCGGUCCCGCCGCCCCUCCCUCGACUCUCCUUCCGGCUUUGGGAACACCACCGACGAGUUAUGACCCUCCCUCCGCCUCCGAACUCCGCGAUUCCAUCGUCAACUUUCACCGGAGCUUCGACCAGUUCGUCCCGUUACCUGUCCUAUCCUCCAUUGCCCAUGAGGAUGAUGAGCUCAGCCGCCGGUUUUCGGAACGCUUCUCUCCCGGCAACGCCCUCCAGAAACUAGAGUGCAGGAACGGUGACUUCUUGCUUCUUUUCCCCGUAGGCUACAACUCUGACUCUAUAGGUGCCGUUAUCUUCUCCGGCGAUGCCUGGAAGGAUGCCCGGGAAAGGCUUCAGGCAGAGAAGAAAGGAAGCUUCUUCAGAUUGUCUCCGGGAUUGGGCCACCGGAUUCUUCGGAUAUCGGCGCAGUCUAGGGUUUCUCAUCCCAUGUCGUCACAAGUAUGCGUUCCUGCUACUGAAGGCUUUCUCCUAGCCUGUACUUCUUACUCAGCUUACUGGUACAGGGUCGAUAUCAAGCAUGGCAGGCCUGCUUUAGUUCAUCUGGUGUUCGCGACGUUUCGAACCCACAUUUCUCAUGCUUGCUGGAGUCCUCACCUGCCUGAAGAGAGCGCAAUCAUCUUAGCUAAUGGAGAAUUGCGUUUAUUUGACCUGAGUUCAUAUGUUGGGUCUCUAAAACUGCCACUCAGGGCUCAUGGUAGAGCAAUCGCGAAAAAUUUGGGUCGUUUUGGGUCUGAUGACUCUGAAGAAGAGUGGUGGAGUUGUGAUUUCUCUUGGCAUCCGCGGAUUUUUAUCGUCGCUUGUGGCAAUGUGGUGCUUUUGGUCGAUUCUAGAGGCGCGGAUGCAAUAGCGAGCGUUGUUGCAAAUAUCGAAGUCUGCGAUUCGUUUAGACUUCAUUCGCUCGAAAACGAUCGUUUCGUUUCGUGCUGCAAGUCUAGCUUUAAUCAUUUUCAGUUCGUUGUUGCUUCCAAUUAUUAUUUGCUUCUUUAUGACACACGGCAGCCAUUAACGCCCCUUCUGCAAUGGGACCAUUGCGUUCACAGUCCCCGUCACACUGAGAUUCAUAAGUUGCGUGAUCUAAGGCCAUCGAAUGGUGAGUUUAAGUGGGCUUCUGAUUCGGGGUUUGUGAUAUUGGUGGGUUCUUUUAGAUAUAGCGAGUUCAGUAUCUUCUGCUAUGGACCUCAUCCUGAUGCUCAUCCGCCAUUAGAUUCCCCAAGUCUGGUAUAUGCUUGGGAGCUACCAUCAGAGCUGAAAUUGUCAGGAAAGGACUGUUCUUGCCGCGUAUGUAUCACUGAGAAGGAAAUUGGGUUCCCCAUGAAGUCUUCUGAUGAAGAAACGAAAUUAUCAGGGUUCUGCAUGGUCACCAGUGAAGAACAUUUGCCCUUGAGGAAUCAAUAUGGUUCAGAUAGACUUCCAGACGAUAGGUCUGGGGGAUUUGGCUUGAUGAAGUUGUUCUCAUCUGGGAAACUUGAAUACCAAAGUUGUAGGGCUGCUUAUAGCUUUUCUUGUCUGAAAAAAGGAGCUACUGCCGAUUCAGACAAUUUGUUUGUGGAGAUGGAGGUCGAGGAAGAAGAAAUACAGGAAGAAGAAAUACAUCCAAGGUUCAGAUGCUUUGAUCUCCGUUAUCUCCUUCACUAUCUUAAUGGCGGUUCAGACCUUAUUGAUGCUCUUCGGAUGCAAAAGCUCGCCUCAGAUGAAGUACUGAAGGAUUGCACAAUGCUUUCUUACGCGAAAACGUCCAAGGAAUUAGUAAGUAGCCUGUUAGACAAUGCUGGAGUUAAGAUGAUUGGUUCGCCUCUAAUUAAAGAUUCCAUUAAUAAGGUGACCAUCCCUAGCAGUAUAUUUGAAGUAGCCUGUGGAAUGCUGUGGACAGGUGUCUCGUUAGACCUAUUGAAAUUUGCAUUCUUCAGGGAUUCAGACCUGCAAACUAGCCAAGAGAGUAGCGUGCAUUUUCUGGACGUCCCUUCAUCUGUUAUCCAGUUCCCACCAUUCUUUUUGAGGUUACCAGCAAAGAGAGGUGAGAUUUUCCAACGCGGCACGCCAAAGAACCAUGCUCUUGUUGGUCCAGUGCUUCCUCUCCCCAUUUUACUUUCUCUUCAACACAUGGGCAGUGACGAACGUAAUUGUGCUUCAGAAGACAAAUUGAAUGAUUAUACUGCUGAAAUGAAAGUGCAUAAUCAGUGUCAGGAGCUCCUCAAGGCUUGUGAGAGUCAUGUAUCAUCUGAACCUUCCCACAGGCCGGUCGAACCUGCUGUUUCCCUUUCCAAUGAUAACGAUGAAUAUUUUGCUUCUCAGGAAGUAGAACGUGAGGAUCUAUUGGUUUUCCAUAAGCCCCAAGCUGAUUGUAAGUUGAACAACGUAUGCUCUGAAAGCUUUCGUGAGAAUGGCAAUCAUGCUUCCACUGCGUCUGCAUCUACAUCACCAAGUAGUGUUGGCAAAAAAUUUGAUGUUGGCAAAAAAUUUGAUGUUCUUAUUUCUCGUGUGCAUGGAAAGUCCGCUGCCUUGGAUGGUGGGGAGAAGGAUCUUCUGGAUCAGUUCGAUGAUUUAUGCCCUGUUAAGUUGAGUUUCAGUGCUUCUAAAUUAGAUGUUACACCGGCGGAGGCGAAGACAUAUAAAUGCUUGAUAAGACAGUUUUCUCAAUGGCAAGGAAAGUUUGACCCGUAUAAAAAGCAUGCACCUUGGAAGAUGGAUAAAUAAGAUCAGUAUUGGUUUAUGACCUGUUGUUUAUCAUGAUGUCCAUGGAAUUAUCAGGUCAGGUACAUAUGAUGAUAUGCGGAGCAUAAAGCCGUGGCUUCUUUUUGGGACCUAAAUGGUUAGUUUGCAGUUGCAGAAACAUUUACAACCCGCAGGGUGAGCUAGCAUUAUGUAGGAAACCUGGUUUUAUCAUCAAAACUGGUUUGAGCAAACUUGUGUUGAUGCUAAAACCAGGCAUCCUACAUGGUUUUAGUUAGCACCAACAGACCAGGCUGUUUUGAAGCUUGAUCUACCCACUAAAUAUCAUUGUUACAGAGCAAAGAUAUUCUUUUGCAUACUACGCCUGCUCAUUAAAGGGAAAGCUUUCCAUUCUUUCUACACGGCGAUUGGCUUUAAGCCUUUCAUAGUUGUGGCGAUAAUUGGAAUAGGCAAGUUCCCCGUUCAGUUUUUGGAACGGCAGCUGGCCAUGGAAUGACAUGGGAACUUGACAAUAUGAAUGGAUAAAAUUUGCAGCCUCAUUUAUGUUGUGACAAAGCCCAUGAGCGGAUAGAGGAAGUAGAACCAUCGGUUUAAGAUUAACAAAACUUGUAUCUAUUGAAGGUAAUUGAGUAUCAUUUGUUUCGAAUUACUGAGGAUAGAUCUCCCACCCUUCGAGGGAGAUAUUAUAGCCCAAUGAUCCUCAGUCAGGAGUCCGAAAGUGAGGCUUCUUUACAGCUUUCACAAAAAUUGCUGCCAACAGGGUUUUCCUUCGGGGCGGAAAGGAUUGGAUAUGCUGUCAGGGGUUCGCUGCUUUCUGUUGCAUUCAAUCUGAUCUUCGACCGAAUUUGUAUGUAUUUAGCUGAUCUGGGUCCAUGACACCAGAGCAAGACCGCUUGGAUAUGUUUUUUAUUCGGGAUUCAGAUUUCACGUCACGGUCCACAUUAUAUAAGGGCUUUGUUUUGGUUA